AUGAUUAAUCCCUUAAAGGUACAAAUUUGGCGUCGGUCAUUCGAUGUCCUGCCACCGGAAAUUACUCCCGAAAAUCCCUACUAUGCCAAAAUACGUAACAAUCCCAAAUUUAAAGAUAUACCAAAGGACAAAUUUCCCGAUACGGAAUCAUUGAAAACGUUGAUGCUGCGGGCCAUACCCCUUUGGGAACAGGAAAUAAUGCCAAAAGUUUUAAGCGGUCAGAGGGUGCUGGUUGUGGCCCAUGGUACUGUGGUGCGGGCCCUAAUGAAAUAUAUUGAAAAUAUAUCCGAUGACGAUAUCAUGAAAGUGAACAUACCCAAUAGCGUACCGUGUGUUUUCGAAUAUGACAUGGCGACCGGACAACGUGUGGGUAAUAUUCAAUAUCUGGCCGAUGCUGAUUAUGUUAAGAAAGAAACAGAAAAAGUGGCCGCAAUUGGAAAUUAA